GUUAAUUGUAUUUGUGUAUUACUAUCGCAUGCGAGACACACAUAAUAAUAUAACUGAACGUUAAACGCAGUUGUCAAAUAUAUAUGUAAUACAUAAUAACUGUUUAAAAAGCCACGGAAUAAACAUCAACAAAAAAACCAUGAGUUGCUUUAAAUGUCAGCAUUGCGAUGAGUUGAAGAGAGAAGUAAUAGAGAAAGACGAGGAGAAAGAACGUUUUAUAGACCAAGUGAUACAAGCAAUGGAAGACAAAGAUGAGGAAUUGAAGCAAAUGAAGAAAAAACUAGAAGAACAGGAGCAAAAGUGCAGUACACAGAAAAUGAGAGAGAGUGGAUCCCAGGAAAAUACAAAUGACGAGUUCUCAAACACCCAUCUUGCAGAACGCUUUGUUAGUUCACUCAAGAGGCAAUGGCUAGACAUAUGUGAUGCACUUCAAUUAAUAAUCAACGAAAUUCAGAAACUGACAGCUCUUUCUGGAAUAAUGGAGGCAGUCUCCAAGCACACCGCCCACACGGUUAAUGAUACGGAAAAAAAUCUCGUCCUAUUAGCCCAAUAUGCCAAUGAAGACCAGAAUGCGGUUCGGCACACCAUUCGAGUUUUAAGACAGAGACUUGGUCAGAAAAAGAGCACACGGGACAAUGUUGUUAAGGAUAUAGUCGCUUAAGUGAAAGAAGAUGAAAUUGUUCGAAGUAUAUUAACCCACUUCAAUGUGCCUGAUGCAACGGUCGCCACUAUUGAAAGAUUUAUGUAUGAUCUUGCGGACAUUUGCUGGUUGAUGUGUAUUGGUAAUCCGCCUUUAAAACUGAACUUUGACGUAAAAGGAGUGGAUUUCAAUGAAAUCGACAAUCGAUUUGUUGAAUACGCGAUUAUUGAGAACGAGUUUUCUGACGGAAAACCCGGAGCAGUGUAUCUGGUAGCUUGGCCCUCAUUGGAACUUGAGGACAACACAGGAUUUUUAAAAAAAGGCGAAGCUAUUGUGUGUAGAUAGAUAUUAACUGUUUAACAAAAACGCAUAUUAUGGUAAUCUUAGCGUAUCUCUUAUUUAAAGGGACGUUUUAUGGGUGAAACGUUUUUUAUAAAAGCCCAAUAUUAACAUAAUUUAAAAAAAAGAUAGAAUUAUGUCAUUUAAACAUGUUUCUUUUCUUUGUUAGUUGUAAAAUUUUUAAUGUAUAAUUUAUAUUCUCACUGAUCGUAUUACAAUUGUGUAUAUUCAAAAAAGUCAAAUGAGAUUUUUUUGUAAAUUGUUUUGACAAAUAUACAUACUUUAUUAUUACAAAAACACUCACACGCACGCACGCACGCACGCACGCACGCAUGCUCACAGUGCGUGUGUGUGUGUGACAAAAUAGUUAUGUUGAGGGACAUAUAACGGCUGAAAUUGAUCUGUACUAUCAAAAAUUCACAAAUAUUUAAAAUACAAAAUUCAAGAAUCAUUCUCAGGAGUAAUACGCUUUUUAAAAUCUGCUACUUGCUUAUUAAAGGGUAGCGACCAUUGCCUUUGACAUGCAUGGCAAUACGUGUUUUUGUGUUAUGUUGUUUUUAUGUUUUCGCCUGCAUUGUAUAGGAAAUCUGUUAGUUUCCUGAAAUAAAGGACCAGUGGGACAAAAUUUACUUCUGGUAAUAUUUCUAUAGUUGGAUAAUACAUAUUCUGUUUUCUAUAGACAAUCAAGGAUAUGAAGUUAUGGCUAUUAUGUAAUAAUAAUUGUAAUAGCCUAAUUCAAUGAAAACUAUUCUGCAUAUUUCUUGGAUAUCGUUAAAUACAAUGUAGUCGACUCAACGCGCUCUAUUUAAAUCCAUCUAAACUUACAUAUUUAGUAGUAUAUUGACUUUUGUCAUAUUACAUGCACGUUUUAUACUUAAUUUUUGAAAAAUAAAAUGGUUAUUUUAUAUGCGUGUGUUAUCGUCUUACACCACAAUAGCCUCGAUAACAAUUCACCAUAACAUUUGUUUUUUAGAAUUGUUGUCAAUAAAUCUUUUGUUGUUUUUAAUAAAUAUUCUUUUAGAAUAAAUAUUACUGACAUCUUU